UUUAUAUGGACAGAAAAUGGCAUUUCCUGGGAUUGGGUUUCGUCCUGGGAAUGACUGCAUUAUGUGCUUCCUUCGUGGGUGGAAUGUAUUUCCAGCACAAGGAUGCCAAAAGGCGAUUGCAGGAAAUAAUACAAAAGGAUCCCUAUGCCUACUAUGUCGGCCCCAAAAUUUAUGAAGUGUUUUGUUUCUUUGAGAACCAAGCUAAUGCCGAUCACCGAAUGAGCCAAAUCAUGAAGUACGGAUUUCCGGGUCUGGAUGAUUUACGACUUUAUAGUGACUUUGUGCUAUCCUACGAUCGCCGAAAUCGAGUGGCCCAUUGGGUAUGUGAGCAUCUCCAGCUGGACAACAUCCACUCAAAUCGAGGUGGACGUGGGCGGAAUCCCUAUCAACCAGAUAUGAGUGUGCCCUCUAACUUUCGAUCAGAGUUGACCGACUAUCGGAGAUCGGGAUUCGAUCGUGGGCACUUGGCAGCUGCCGGAAAUCAUCAUUUGCAACAGAAUCACUGCCAGGAUACUUUUUUCCUAACGAAUAUAGCACCCCAGAUUGGACAGGGUUUCAAUCGCGGGGCUUGGAACAAUCUGGAGAGAUAUGUUCGCAAUCUGGUCCAACGAUUUGGUUCGGUUUACGUUUGCACAGGUCCUCUUUAUAAACCCAAACAAAGAUCAGGUGGCAAAUUGGCCGUGGAGUAUGAAAUGAUUGGACAGAAUAUGGUUGCAGUGCCAACGCACUUUUUCAAGGUCAUUAUGGUGGAAUCAACACUCCAACUUGGAAAACCCUAUAUGGAGGGCUAUGUUCUACCUAAUGCUGCAAUACCCGAUAAUCUGCCACUUCGAUCAUUCCUCUGCGAUAUCCGGGAAAUUGAGCACUACGCGGGUCUUAAGUUCUUUGAUGGAUUGAGGAGAAGUGCUAUUUUUGGAAGUAAUUAUCCCAGCGAAUCGCAGGUGUUUCGGGAAUUUGGUUGAAUUUAAAAUUCUAUUUUUAUAACAAAAUUUGACAAAUUUAAAAAAUAUUUCAAUCACUAGUAAAUCAAGUAAUAGACAAGAAAAA